AAAGUUGAAAACAAAAAAAUGCGGUUCGAACGAAGUAAUUAGAAUUGACAGUCCUGAUCGAUUGCGAACUGUACAAAUAUGUUAGGAAACGAUAGKAUGGAAAUCUACUAGGAAAUAAAUUGAACGACUUCUCAAUGUAAGUAUGUUUAUUAUUGUAAGAAUCUAUUCAGGCUUUCUUCCACAUGCUUCAUUACUCCACAGGAGCUGUGAACACAAUUGAAAUGAAAAACAAAUCUAUCUAGUUUGUGGCGAUAAGGUACGCAAAGUAGCCAGAGAAUUUCUCACAUGUAAACAUAUUUGCCAACUGUCCCCUCGUUACACCUGUUCGAUGGCCACGACAACGUAGAACUUUAUUUAAUCUAUCAUUAUUGCUAUCAAACCAAAUGAUUUUUUUACAGAAAUACAUGAAAUAGAAAUACUUUACAAAUGGUUAGUCAAUAGUGGUUUUCUUAUUAUUCAAUGAUGAUUUAUUGAAGGAUCGAGGAGUUGAACAUACAAAGAAAUGUUGACCGUUCAUUCCUAAACAAAGAGACGUCCUUACCACAAGAAAUAGACUCAGUGUUUACAGACCAUCAAACAAGGUCUUUAAGAUUAAUCUCAAUAGCAAUCUUUACCAUUACUGCCGCGAUGGAAGCAGUGAUUAAAAACAGGAUCUGACGUGCUUAAAAUGGAGAUGGAGAUGGAGGAAAAAGAACAUGGAUUGUCACAUGAACCUGGAGACACAAUGACCUGUGGACGUGAUGCUGUGAACACGAACACUCACCGAAUUCCUGUCUCAGCACCCUUGACCACAGUUACGUUUGGCCUAUUCAACGUCGAUGAGAUAAAUGAAGACAAAACGAAUGAAAAACUUUGUGUUGACCACAAAUUAAAAACCACCUCUAUGAAAUACGAGGAAGCAAUACACGAUAGGCAAGAAUUUACGUCAAAUAAUAACAACAAAUGUAUUCCAAAGCCUACUCAAGAUGCCACUUGUCAAGUCACGAUUCAGUCAAACCCUUUACACGACACCUCAGCAACGAAUAAGACAGAAACCGCUGUUUUUACUUUUGUCCGACCAAGUCCGCUACACCGCACCCGACGUUCAGUCUCGUUGUCACCAAUAAGCAGAACAAGACGACUCGCUAGUUUGGCAAAAACUUUAAACCAGUCCAUAUCCGACGCAUCACUCAAAGACCCUGCUUACAGAAACAUCUGUAGGGCACCUAUGAUAAGCGCGCCCAGAACUUUCGAAGGUGCACGAUUUUUGAUAUGUAAAACACAAUGGAAGCAAUCAGCAGUCGAUUCCUUUGUCAUUCCGAAAGAGUCACUGUGCUGCGAUGAAGAUUCUCUAUUGUCCCCACCUGCCCAUGAACGCCCUCGUGAAAAAAUGAACACUUCCAAGCCUUUUGCCAAGCAUUUGGCAAGACAGCAAGCAUUCGAAGCACCUGACGACGAUGUUUUAGGUUUUAAAAAACAGGAGUGCACGACGUUUGAUGAUGAAACACAUGGUCUUGUUCAAUCACAGAAUAACGGUAGGUCCACAGCAGACUUUAAAACCGAUGAACAUCCUUCUUGGCAAACACUUGUACGACAACAAAAAGAGAAAGAUGCAGACGGAAACAAUGCAAACUCAAUAACAAUAGUGGACUCUGAUAACAAUCAAGUCAACCCUGACUUCUCGACAUUAGAAAACAUGCAUAAUAUAAUAAAUCAUACAGCAAGUCAAGAUUCGUGCAUAAAUAAUGACAUGAAGACAACUAGGAAAUACAACAGAGUAAAACUAGCAUUAAACACAACUCAUGCGGGAAUCUUUGUCACUGGUGACUCUCAGGACGACCCUUCGUCUGAUUCACCAGUAGAGCCGCAGAGUUUUGAGACAUGUCCUAGCUGGGUAGACAGCCAGGAAGUAAGUUCCUUGUACCUGUCCCCACAUUAUCAGCCAUCAACUUCAAGUAAUGAAAUUGAAAGCACUGUCACAUUACAAAAKAGAAAAGGAAGGUCUAUUUCACUCACUACGUCCAGGCAAAGGUCAUAUUCGUCACCUCACUCUAAAACGUCAGGGUGCUCCUUUCAAGAAGAUUCAGGUUUUGAGGCAUCCGGUCGUCAUAGUAACGCUCUUCUAUCGACAAGCUUUCGAAGUAUGAGAAAAACUGAUCAAGAAAAGUCCAUUUACCCUUUUUCUUCGGACGAAUACAUUCCGUUCCCCUCCGAUGAAAUAUCGAUCAGUAGGGAUACAAGAACUAGAAGAAGAAAAAUUGCGGAUUWUUCAGCGUACAAACGAGACAAUUCAGAUUUCCUUUCACCAAGACCUCGUGCGGAAAGUAACGAAAGUGGAAAAAUGUCUUUGAGAUUUUCCCAUAAUUCUUCCGGGGAUUCAGGUCUUGAUACAACAAAAAGUGCAACKUCWCUGACAGCACGAUCAACAAGAUCUCAUCGCCGACUCUCUAGUCAGAGCAAACUGUCUUCCAAGUCAUCCAUUAAAAGUGACAAUAGCCGGGGUAGCUUCUUGUCUUUCCUCUCUCCAAAAUCAGUUUUCAGAAGGCACAGUAGCUCUAGCAAGAACAGUAACAUAUCCAGGCACUCAUCACGGAAAAGACUCUCUGAUUUCCCACAAGAUGAAAAUCUUUUGGUGUUAAAUGUGAGUGGACAAAAAUUCAAACUUCAUGAAUACUUUACAUCAGUUUAUCCCGAAACCUUAUUAGGAAACUCAAAGAGAAACAAUUAUUUUGAUAAGAAGAAAGAAGAGUUUUUCUUUGACCGCGAUCCCGACAUCUUUCGACAUAUCUGGAACUUUUACUACACCGGUAAGCUGCAUUUUCCCAAGGAUGAAUGCGUGAAUCUGUUUGUAGACGAAAUCUCGUUUUUCGGAGUCUCAGAAGACUAUUUCUGUUCAUGCUGCUGGGAAGACGAAUAUGAGCCAGCCAUUGAAAAACUGCAAAAGAAACGAGCCGAGGUUCAACGACAGGARCAAGAAAUGCAAGCCAAGAUGAAGACAAUUCCACAAGACGCUUCCCUGAAGCAGAAGAUCUGGUUGAGCACCAAGUACCCUGUGAUUUCAUUAAAUGCAAGAGUCUUYUAUUUCUUUAGUAUUCUUGCAAUUGUUAUAAGUACUGCAGCAAACAUAACUGAAACAAUUCCUUGUUCAAACUCUCUUCACAUCUGCAAGGAGAAGAACCAGGCUGUAUAUUUCUAUAUAGAUGCUUGCUGUGUGGCAUUUUUUACCUUAGAGUACUCGAUACGACUUCUGACGGCGCCUAAAAGACUUGCYUUUAUACGCCAAUUCAUGAGUAUAGUGGAUCUACUGGCCAUUGUCCCUUUUUACUGUGAUCUGCUCAUACGAGUCAUGUUCGGUGGAAGUGCUGGUUCUGGUAUUGAUUUCCUGGAAAUAUUAAGAAUUCUACGCAUUGUUCGUAUUUUCAAAUUGUUGAAACAUUCUCAUAGACUGCAAGCUCUUGUGCAUACGUUUAAAAGCUCCACAAAGGAACUGGGUCUUAUUGUAGUAAUCUACAUGGUGCUAGUGACUGUAUUUUCUAGCAUUAUAUAUUAUGCUGAAAUGCAAGACAAUCCUAAAUAUUCCAGUAUUCCCGAAUCAAUGUGGUAUGCUGUGAUCACCACGACAACGACUGGGUAUGGUGAUAUAGUACCAGAAACCAUUGCAGGCAAGUUAGUUGGAUGUGCUUGUUGUCUGCUGGGUGUCUUGAUAGUAGCCCUUCCAGUGCCAAUACUCCAAGUUAAGUGAAUAUCUUUGAGGAAUCAUCGCCAUCGAUGUUACAGACAAAGAACGCGGUAUCGACGAMUAGUAUGCUGACAUUCCCUUUGGUGAAGGCAGUCGAUUAAGAUUAACAGCGACUGACACAGGCAUUAAAUUAUCAACUUUAUAAACUAGGUCUGGCGCUGUAAACGAGAGAUUUGGUUGGUCCAUGCACAGUCACUUGGUGUUCUCUUUGUCAUAAAGAUGCAACGUUGUAGCAAAUAAAUGAGUACAUUUUAA